GGGAAAAAAAGAAGGGGAAACGAUUAUCUUUCUUGGUAAAAGAAAGAAUGAAACUAAAAUCUUAUUUUUGUGGCGUCACCAUCUACAAUUCCUCCAACGGAAGAGGAAAAAGACGGCUCAGUUGAGCUAUCAAACCCGCAACCACAAGACGUGGCUGCUUCUUCCUCCACCAUGACGACUCCUUCAUGGUUCACUACCAGACGGUUAUUGAUUCUAUUUUGUGUGGUUUACAUGAUAAAUUAUUUGGAUCGAGGAACUAUAGCUAGCAAUGGUGUUAAUGGGAAGAGGAAGACUUGUGAUGACAAAGGAAUUUGCAAAUCUGCUAUUGGGAUUCAGGGAGAUUUUGGCUUAACUAAUUUUCAAGAUGAUCUCUUGUCGUGUGCAUUCAUGGUUGGACUUCUAGUGUCGUCCCUAGUAUUAGCUUCCUUAGCAAAGAAAGAGCCACAACCCUUUUAGGCUUAUCGGAGUUGGAUUAUCUGUUUUUACCUUGGCUACUGCUGGAUGUGUUGCUGCACCUACCUUUUGGUUUAUUGCAAUAUGCCACAUGUUGGUUGGUGUUGGAGAAGCUUAUUUCAUAAGUCUUGCAGGUCCGUUUAUUGUCGACAAUGCUCCCAUUUCUCAGGC